AUGCCAUUUGACUCACCAGUCGAGGCCUCAUUGCAGGCAAAACGCCGUCGCAUGCGCUUCUCCCGCUCACGCUUCGGUUGCGACGCCUGUCGACACCACAAGAAGAAGUGUGACGAGUCCCGCCCCGUGUGCGGGCGUUGCAACAUGCUCCGCAAGGUUUGCGCGUACAGUUAUCCCCAAGCAGGGCGUGCAGCCGAUGGGAUCUAUACUCCUUCCGCGCAGUCGACACUGUCCAGCCCACCCGUUCCCAGCCUUACCAACCUACCGCUCGUACCGCCUGUUGACAUGUCGACCGCAGAGACGUCAACGGGACCGUCCGAAGACGCAGGUGCGGCGCUGGCCGAGUAUGUCGAUGACUCAUUCCUUCGAGCGUUCUCGUUCUCUACCGACGUCGCCGUACCACCAUGGACGCCACCUGAUGCCCAGCCGCCCGGGUCUGAGUUUGAGUCGUUUUGGAACGCUCUGGUUCGCUCGGUGGGGACCGAUGAUCCGUCCUCGACAGACCGUACGCUUAUCGAGUACUACCGCCUCGUCGUUUCGCCAACAAUCCUGGGGAUAGAAGAUGGAUCGAACUGCGCUAGUCAGUUUUACAAAGGCGUCGCCUCGACCGCGACCGAGGACGACCAGGCCGCGAUGAUGCACGCGGUAUUAGCGGUGAGCGCGCAACAUCUAUCGAACUUUGCACGUGCAUUCAACAAUGUCGACAAGGCGAUCAGCUUCAAUGAACAGGCAGCGCAUCAUCGCUCCGAGGCACUGUAUCUGUUGCGCGUCAGCGGUAGCGGCACCGAAGAGGGUGCAAACGAAAACGAAGCGCUACUCCCCAGUGUCACGCUUCUACUCACAUUGAGUGCGCUGCUCAAGGGUGAUCCCGACAUUAUCCCCGCUUUCCUCGACCAGACGCAGGCGUACCUCGACGCUAUUGAGCACCCAUCCCCGGCACCGCACUUGCCAACAAUCUCAGCGAUCUACUCGAUCUACCGCGUCCUCCAGGCUGUCUCAUCCAGCGAACCACUAGACCUCACGCAAGUGUUCGUCGUACACGAGCCUAGCGAGGCAUGGGUGCGGGUUGCGGAUGAGACGGUUGAACGGCUUGUUGGCAUUCCCCGCGAGAUGCUGUUACUCUUUGCGCGCGUCAACAAUCUCGUUCUUGAGUGGCGUUCCCUCAAUGACACUCUUGCGCGUAUCGAGGUGCGCUCACAGUGCUCGAUGAUCCAACACGACCUCGAAGACGACAGCAUCUGGGCUGCUCGCUGGGCUGCCCCUGACCUCCGCAUCGCCGCCGGCCUUGAGUUCUUCCGGACUGCGUUGCGAGUAAUGAUCAUGCGCGACGUCCUCGGCCUUCCUGCCGCUCACCCGCGCGUGGAGCGGUGCGUCGACGCCCUCCUCGCGGCAGUCCCGCGAAUCCGGACCGGAACGGAGAUUGGCCUCGUGUGGCCGUGGCUGGUGCGUGACUGCAUGGACGAGGCUGAUUUUCAGAUUGUUGCCGCUGAGGCACAGCCAGCACGUCACGAGGCGCUACUGGCAUUCAUCCGCCGAUGCCAAUGGAAGGGCUCUGCACCGCCACGUAUCGCUGAUGCGAUCGUGCAGGAGGUGUGGGAGGCUAGGGCAGCUGGACGUACUAUGGACUGGCGCACUGCCUUGGUCGCGCGUGGGUCACCCUUGGUCAUCUAG